UACGGGGGAUAUUAUUAGUAAGCAAAAUUCAACAGAAGAAGAAACCACAAUGAAAAAAUUUGAACAAAUCUCAUUUAGAUGAUUUUUUGAUUUUCGAUCAUUAUGGGGAGUUACAAAAUGUUCAUGUGUUUUAGUAGAAAAUUUAAGGUGCAUGAAACACAAACACCGCCAGAAAUGAAACUUGUGUUUGGGAAAUAUACACAGGCGGGUUCUUUAAUGACAUCCAAUCAACUACAUCAAUUCCUGGUUCAAUUUCAAGGCGAAAAGGAUGCAACCGUCCCUGACGCCGAGAGGAUUAUUGAACAGAUCAUGCAUAGACGCCACCAUAUAUCGAGAUAUACCAGACACGCUCUUACUUUUAAUGAUUUUCUCCAAUUCCUUUUUUCGGAAGAUCUUAAUCCAUCUCUCAAAUCCCGGGUGCACCAAGAUAUGACUGCUCCAUUGUCCCAUUAUUUCAUAUACACGGGCCAUAAUUCUUACUUAACUGGGAAUCAACUUAGUAGUGAUUGUAGUGAUAUCCCAAUCAUAAAGGCUUUGCAGAAGGGUGUAAGAGUUAUCGAGCUUGAUAUAUGGCCGAAUUCCUCUAAAGACGACGUAAAUGUUCUUCAUGGAAGGACAUUGACGACUCCGGUGUCACUUAUUAAAUGCUUGGGGUCUAUUAAGGAGUAUGCUUUUAUGGCUUCUCCUUACCCUGUGGUGAUUACUUUAGAAGAUCAUCUUACUCCAGAUCUUCAGGCUAAAGUAGCUAAGAUGGUCACUGAAACAUUCGGAGAUAUGUUAUAUAUCCCCGAAACAGAACAAUCAGAUGCAUUUCCAUCUCCAGAAGCAUUGCAAUAUCGCGUUAUGCUUUCGACUAAACCACCGAAAGAAUAUCUCGAUAGUACUAAGAGUUUUAAGGAUAAGGGAAAGGAGUCAUCUGAAGAUGAGACAUGGGGAAGAGAAAUCCCAGACCUUAGGGAGGAGCUUGAGGCUUGUGAAAAGAGGAUUGGCGUUUGCAUCGAAAAAAAUCCAGAUGACGAUGGCGAUACAAGUGAUUAUGAUAUCCGCAAAUCACAACAGUUAGGUCAAUCAGAAUAUAAGCGUUUAAUUGCAAUUCAAGCUAAAAAACGUAAAGGCGGGUUGAAAGAAUCGCUGAAGGUUAAUCCUGCUAAAGUUGGACGCCUUAGUCUGAGUGAACAAGCCUUUGAAAAGGCUACAAUAUCAAAUGGAACAGACAUUGUUAGAUUUACCCAAAAGAAUCUACUGAGGGUAUAUCCAAAAGGCACACGAGUUAACUCCUCCAAUUACAAACCAUUACUUGCAUGGAUGCACGGAGCUCAAAUGGUUGCGUUCAAUAUGCAGGGAUAUGGUAGAGCAUUGUGGUUGAUGCAGGGUAUGUUUAAAUCUAAUGGAGGGUGUGGGUAUGUGAGAAAACCUGAUUUCCUAACAGGCGAGCGUAAUGAGGUCUUCGAUCCGAGAGCAAGAUUGCCAGUGAAGACAACAUUAAAGGUAGAUGUCUACAUGGGAGAUGGAUGGCGUUUAGAUUUCGAUAAAACACAUUUCGAUUCAUACUCUCCGCCAGAUUUCUACGCAAAGGUUGGGAUAGCAGGAGUUCCAGCUGAUAGUAUGAUGAAGAAAACCGAGAUAAUUGACGAUAACUGGACACCAGUUUGGGACACGGAAUUUUGGUUCCCACUGACAGUUCCUGAACUAGCAUUGUUAAGGAUAGAGGUGCACGAAUAUGACAGGUCAGAGAAAGAUGAUUUUGGUGGGCAAAAUUGCUUACCUGUAUCAGAGUUGAGGUCUGGGAUUCGGACAGUCCCAUUGUUCGACAGGAAAGGAGAAAAGUUCAAGUCUGUAAAGCUUCUUAUGCAGUUCCAGUUUGUUUGAUAUUUCAAUGACAUUGGACCAUAUCCAUGAUUCCA